AUGCUGUCAAGUACGAAUAUAAGAAAGGCUUCUCUUCUGGUUUUACACCUGCCUUCUCCUCCACGCCACUGCUUUGGGGAAGCCAAGAUGAAGCUCACAAUUAUCUUUGCUGGACUUCUUGGCAUCUUUCUGGCUCCUGCCCUUGCUGAUGUGAUCGGUGGUGACAGCAGCAGUGCUGUAAGUGGGCAGCAGUCAGUGAGUGUCAACAACGACAAUAAUGUGGCCAAUGUCGACAAUAACAAUGGAUGGAACUCGUGGAACACCUUGUUGGACUAUGGCACUGGCUUCGUUGCCACCAGACUCUUUAGCAAAAAGGCAUGCAUUGUGCACAGAAUGAACAAGAACUACAUGCCCUCUCUGCAAGCCCUUGAUGUACUGGUCAAGGAAAAGAAGCUUCAAGGUAAAGGACCUGGGGGACCACCUCCCAAGGGCCUGAUAUACUCAGUCAACCCUGACAAAGUCAAUGACCUGCACCAGUAUGGAAAAUCCAUUUCUGUCAUGUGCAAGGGGAUUCCAACGUACAUGGCUGAGGAGAUUGUAGGGGCAAGCCUGGCUUUUAACUCAGAAAAAUGCAUCAGUGCUGAUAUACUCUGGAUUCUGAACAUUUCCUUCUGUGGAAGAGCAGUGGAGAAUUAAAAAAAAACUUGCCAUAGAUUUAGUCACUUGUAACUCCAUGCAGAAAACUCCAUGCAGAAAAAUAUGGGUUCUAAUGGUUUCCUUUAUCAUGUCAUUCUGAAGUGUUUUCUGCUAGUUAUGUUUGGCUUAUUUAAGUUUGAAUAAAUCUACUUGGCAUUGAAUCCAAUUUACAGUAAGAUUACUUUGGACUUCUGUUUGAAGUGCAAGGAUCAUAGGGAAAUGCGGUGGUGGUAAGUUGUCAAAGUGCAUUAGUCCCAACUCCUAACCCAUACUCAGGACCUGUCCCUUACAAAGAACCCCUUCAGGUGCAUCAGAUACUAGUAACCACAGCUCUGGGCAUGGUUCCAAGACCAUCCCAGUUGAGGUGCACAGUAACAUUUCAGAUAAGCAAGGGCUACAAUCCACUCAAAGUAAAUUAAAACAGAAAAGCAGGGUGGGGAAUGUUACUACAAGGAUAUUGCAUUAUCUAAAAUAUAGUCUUAGGCCAAGAAAAACAGCUGGUAUCAAAUAGGCUGUACUGACUUCAAGCACAAGUCUCUUUCUCUCUCCCUGAAGCUAUGUGUUAGUUCUUCUCUGCUCCUCUCCAAAUUCUACUUCCCUCUUCUUUCCGUCUUGCAGAUGGUUUUUCCUACUCAUGGCAGAAGAUCGCUGAAUGAAAACAUUAACCUUGUUAACAUGUUAACAAUGUCUUUCCAACUCAAAAGGUAAUGUCUAAUACUUUUCAAUCCCAAAUCCAAUUUUCCUUGACCCUAUUUGGUUCAAGAGUCCACAACUCCACUCACUGAUGGCCAUGGGACUGAAGGCACAUGGUACAUGUACAGCACUGAGGUCUCUACUAGAGGAGAAAGAUCCCAGAGGAAACAGAGGAUAUGUUACAAUGUUCAAUGUGUUCAAAUGUUGUGUAUUACAAUAUGAAACUACAGUUCAUUUAAAAAAUUUCUCCCAUAAAUUACAUUUCUUUUAAAAAUC